CUACAGAGCCAGCGCAAAAAGAUCUCCUAUAAAGCUGCGUUUGGAAAAAGGCGGACUGGACGGCAUCAGAUCAGGAGUGCCAUUUACGGUGAUCGGAGAGAACUGAUUUCGUAUUUAUGCUCUCGAGACGCUCAAGAUUACCGUGAAACCAUGCAAGGUGAUAAGGGGACUAUUUACGAAGAACUCAAAAUUCCACAUCUUUAUAUAACUGAUAAAAAUGGCUACAAGCGUCCAUAUCAUUACUAUGGAACAGUGCACGCAGUGGAGGGCGAUGAAUUCAGAGCAGAAGUCGUCAAACUAAACAGAUUUUGCAAUAUUCUCCCUCAUGGUUAUGUUGUAAGACAGGAAGAUUUUGAGAACCAAACAGAGUUCGAAGAGGUAUUCAGUAAGGUG